AUGUAUUAUUACGGUUUGAUAUGUGCAUAUGAAGUGAGAAGCAAAUGUGGCAUGGUGGGGCAGAAAUUUGACCAAAUGCUAUAUGAAGGUCAUGGCUUUCCACUUUCUGGCAAGCCAUGGCAGAGCCCAUCUCAUGCACAACCGAGCAAAAUGAUUAAAAAGCUAGGGGAAAGAAGAGAGAAAAAGAUGAUCAACAAUCACCCUACCCAUUUUGAUGAUAUUAAUCCAUUAAAGUUUGAUUAUUUCCUCUUUAAUCCACGUUUUUACAUUCUUCCAUUCUCAUGUCAAUCACUUUUUCUCCAUCUUUUUCUCCUAUCUGUUUUCAUUCUGCCUUUUUUUUUUUCAAUCUCUAAUUUAUUUCUAGUUUUGUUCCUCUUAUUGGCCAGUUCUUUUUGUUUGCAUAUGCUUGCUAUUCCGUCUCUAUCAUGUUAA